AUGACGUCAGAUGAUCGUCAGCUUUUCCAGGAAGUCAAGAAAAUGACGUCAGAUGACCGUCAGCUUUUCCAAGAAGUCAAGAAAAUGACGUCAGAUGACUGUCAGUUUUUCCAGGAAGUCAAGAAAAUGACGUCAGAUGACUGUCAGCUUUUCCAGGAAGUCAAGAAAAUGACACUUCAAAACGAUACUUUGGUCAUCGGUAAAGACGAUGUCCGGAAAGUGCUUGAUGAUGUUGCCAAGGUAGUUCAAAAUAAAAUCAGGAAUGAAAUAAAUGAACACAAAAAGGAAGCAGAAACUAGAAAGUUAGAACUGAUCAAUAUCACAAACGACUCUGUUAAGGCUAUUGACAGACAUAAAGAAGUAUCAAUGUCUCAACUAGAUAAAGCAUUAAAAUCUGCAAACGAUAAAAUAGAAAAGCAAACAAAAGAAGCGCUUAAAAAGAUACAAGCAGAUGUCGAUAUUGCUAAAAAACUGCUAGACGAGUGUGCUGAUAAAGGUGCUAACAAGUUGGAAGUCGAAGCCGAAGCUGGAGUAAAACAGAUAGAGGAAUCUGCUGAUAAAGGGGUUGAUAAGUUAGAAGUCGAAGUCCAUGCUGGUGUUAAACAGAUAGAAGAAUCUGCUGAUAAAGGGGUUAUCAAGUUGGAAGUUGGAGCCAAAGCUGGAGUAAAACAGAUAGAAGAAUCUGCUGAUAAAGGAGUUAGCAAGUUAGAAGUUGAAGUCGAAACUGGUGUGAAACAGAUAAAAGAAUCUGCUGAUAAAGGGGUCAGCAAGUUAGAAGUCGAAGCCCAAACUGGUGUUAAACAGAUAGAGGAAUCUGCUGAUAAAGGGGUUAUCAAGUUGGAAGUUGGAGCCGAAGCUGGAGUAAAACAGAUAGAAGAAUCUGCUGAUAAAGGAGUUAGCAAGUUAGAAGUUGAAGUCGAAACUGGUGUGAAAAAGAUAAAAGAAUCUGCUGAUAAAGGAGUUAGCAAGUUAGAAGUCGAAACCCAAACUGGUGUGAAACAGAUAGAAGAAUCUGCUGAUAAAGGGGUCAGCAAGUUAGAAGUCGAAGUCCAAACUGGUGUUAAUCAGAUAGAAGAAUCUGCUGAUAAAGGGGUUAUCAAGUUGGAAGUUGGAGCCGAAGCUGGAGUAAAACAGAUAGAAGAAUCUGCUGAUAAAGGAGUUAACAAGUUAGAAGUUGAAGUCGAAACUGGUGUGAAACAGAUAAAAGAAUUUGCUGAUAAAGGAGUUAGCAAGUUAGAAGUCGAAGCCCAAACUGGUGUGAAACAGAUAGAAGAAUCUGCUGAUAAAGGGGUCAGCAAGUUAGAAGUCGAAGCCCAAACUGGUGUUAAACAGAUAGAAGAAUCUGCUGAUAAAGGGGUUAGCAAGUUAGAAGUCGAAGUUGAAACUGGUGUGAAACAAAUAGAAGAAUCUGCUGAUAAAGGAAUUAGCAAGUUAGAGGUCGAAGUCAAAACUGGUGUGAAACAGAUAGAAGUAUCUGCUGUUAAAUGGGUUAGCAACUUAGAAGUCGAAGCCCAAACUGGUGUUAAACAGGUAGAAGAAUCUGCUGAUAAAUGCGUUAUCAAGUUGGAAGUUGGAGCCGAGGCUGGAGUAAAACAGAUAGAGGAAUCUGCUGAUAAAGGGGUUGAUAAGUUAGAAGUCGAAGUCCAUGCUGGUGUUAAACAGAUAGAAGAAUCUGCUGAUAAAGGGGUUAUCAAGUUGGAAGUUGGAGCCAAAGCUGGAGUAAAACAGAUAGAAGAAUCUGCUGAUAAAGGAGUUAGCAAGUUAGAAGUUGAAGUCGAAACUGGUGUGAAACAGAUAAAAGAAUCUGCUGAUAAAGGGGUCAGCAAGUUAGAAGUCGAAGCCCAAACUGGUGUUAAACAGAUAGAGGAAUCUGCUAAGAUUUCUGAAAAAGCGUAUAAAGCAUUAAAGCAGAUUGAGGAUUUAACGACAGCAAACAAAGAAGAUAAAUACAACAAGCUUAAAGAAGGUUAG